AUGAAUGACACAGAUUGCACAUCUCAGAAGAUCCCCAAAAGUGACUCCAUACAUCACAUGAGCCACUCGCAGAUGCGGCCAGAGUUGCCCCCUCUGCCUGCUUCUGCUAACGAAGAACCAUCUGAACUCUAUAAGACAGUCAUGUCACACAGCUUUUAUCCCCCCUUGAUGCAACGCACAUCAUGGACCCUGGCUGCACCCUUCAAAGAGCAGUGCCACCACUGUGGACCCAGCGAUUCCAUUGCCAACAACUACUCCUUGACAGCUCGGGACCUGAAGCUGAAGGACCUGCUGAAAGUCUACCAGCCCGUCACCAUCAAUGUCCCCAGGGAAAAGAUUGUUCAGGGGCUGCCAUCAGGUAUUUCCUGCAGUGUCUCAUCAGAGCCUAACAAGAAGAAAAUGAAGUUCUCCCCCAAAGACAAAGAGGAUCUCACUGGAAUGAAGUCAGCCUCAACUUCCUUACCUGUGAAGAAGGAGGUUGCGACAUCUUUGACUUUCCCAGAAAGCAGACCAAUGAGUCCAGAAGAACAGAUUGAUGUGAUGUUACAGCAGGAGAUGGAAAUAGAAAGUAAAGAAACCAAACCGUCCGAAUCAGACUUGGAGAGAUACUACUACUAUUUGACCAGUGGAAUCCGGAAAGACAUGAUUGCCCCUGAGGAGGACAAAGUGAUGGUUCGGAUUUCAAAGCUGAUUUCAAACACGCUGCUGACAAGCCCCUUCCUGGAACCCCUGAUGGCUGCCCUCGUGAAGGAGAAGGAAAAUGACUAUUACAGCAGCCUCAUGAAAAGCAUUGUUGAUUACAUCCUCAUGGACCCCAUGGAGAGGAAAAGACUCUUCAUUCAGAGCAUCCCCCGGGCAUUUCCUCAAAGGGUGAUCCGGGCCCCUGUGCCCUGGCACAGUGUCUACAGGAAUGCCAAGAAGUGGAACGAAGAGCACCUGCACACAGUGAACCCCAUGAUGCUCAGCCUGAAGCAGCUGUGGUUUUCGGAAUUUAGAGACCUCAGGUUUGUUCGAACAGCAGAAUUACUGGCGGGAAAAUUACCUCUGCAGCCUCAUGAAUAUCAGGAGGUUAUUCAGAAACACUGCAUGGAAGCACGCCAAAUCCUUCUCAACAAAUGGAUCCCCACCUGUGCCCAGCUAUUUGUCUCCCGGAAGGAGCAGUGGAUCCAUUUUGCUCCCAAGAGUGACUAUGACUCCUCUCGUAACAUUGAAGAAUAUUUUGCUUCCGUUGCAUCUUUCAUGUCCCUCCAGCUCAGGGAGUUGGUCAUUAACUCUCUUAAGGACCUUGUUUCCUUCUUCAUGAUACACAAGGAUGGAAAUUAUUUUGAGGAGCCCUACCAAGAAAUGGAGUUCUUUAUACCUCAGCUGAUUAUGAUCAAGCUUGAAGUCAAUGAGCCAAUUAUUGUCUUUAAUCCAUCUUUUGAUGACUGCUGGGAAUUAAUACAUAACUCUUUCUUGGAAAUUAUUAAGAACUCUAAAGGGAUUCCCAAGGUAUAUUUGAUGCCAUCUUCCUCCUUGUGUCUUGUGGAUGUCUUAUGACAUUUAAAAGUGGUUUCUACUCUUUAGGUGGAAUCUAUCCUGUUCCCAGAGUUGAAAGGAUAUAAUCUGAUACUUGGAACUGUUAAUGCUGAUGAAAAACUGGUUUCUGACUUUGUGGAUCAAACUUUCGAGGUAUUUCAGAAAAAUCAAGUUGGUCCCUGCAAAUACUUAAAUGUAUACAAAAAGUAUGAUGACUUAUUGGAUAACACAGCAGAACAAAACAUCACUGCAUUCCUGAAAGAAAAUCAUGAAAUUGAGGAUUUUGUGACGAGGAUCAAUAGCAUUAAAAAGCGGAGAAAUGAAAUUGCAUCCAUGCACAUAACUGUGCCCUUGGCCAUGUUCUGCCUAGACACCAUGACCCUAAAUUAUGAUCUCUGUGAGCGAGCCCAAAAUCUUAAAGACCGUCUGAUUCAAUUCCAAGUGGAUGUAAACCGGGACACCAAUACCAGCAUCUGUAAUCAGUACAACCUCAUUGCCGACAAAGUCAGUGAGAUUCCUAUCAACACUGGGGAGCUAGUAUUCCUCAUUGAAUUCUUAAAGAAAUCCAGCGAUGUCACCGUGUUCAAACUCAGGAGGCAACUUAGAGAUGCAGUUGAACGGCUGGAGUUCUUGAUGGACUAUGCAGAUUUGCCCCGUAAGUACAAUAUUGAAGAUAUCUUUGAAAACAGCCGGAACCUUCUCCUUAGCAAGAGGGAUCAGGCAGAGAUGGACCUCAUUAAAAGGUGCUCAGAAUUUGAAGUGAAACUUGAGGGCUACAGCAAGGAACUGGAAGGUUUUAGGAAACGUGAAGUAAUGACUACAGAAGAAAUGAAGAACAAUGUUGAAAAGCUUAAUGAGCUUUCAAAGAACCUAGAUCAAGCACUGGUGGAAUUUGAGUUGAUCAAUAAGGAGGAGGAGCUGUUGGAAAAGGAGAAGAGUACCUUCCCUCUUCUGCAAACUGUGAUGACCAACAAAGUGCCUUAUGAGCAGCUGUGGGUGACCGCCUAUGAGUUUAGCACCAAGUCAGAGGAAUGGAUGAAUGGACCCCUCUUUUUACUGAAUGCUGAGGAAAUCGCAGAAGAAAUAGGGAAUAUGUGGAGGACAAUAUACAAAUUGACCAAGACCUUAGCGGACAUGCCUGCACCUAGGCGCUUAGCAGAGAAUGUGAAAAUCAAGAUUGAUAAAUUCAAGCAGCACAUCCCUAUCCUCACCAUUUCCUGCAACCCAGGAAUGAAAGACCGACACUGGCAGCAGAUCAGUGAGAUUGUCGGCUAUGAAAUAAAGCCCACUGAAACGACUUGUCUCUCAAAUAUGCUGGAAUUUGGAUUUGGCAAAUUCAUUGAAAAACUGGAGCCCAUCGGUGCAGCUGCCAGUAAGGAAUACUCUCUGGAGAAAAACUUGGAGAAAAUGAAGUUAGACUGGGUUAACAUGACAUUCAACUUUGUGAAGUACAGGGACACUGAUACAAGCAUCUUGUGUGCAGUUGAUGACAUUCAACUGUUACUUGAUGAUCACGUGAUAAAAACCCAGACCAUGUGUGGCUCUCCAUUUGUCAAACCAAUAGAAACUGAAUGCCGGAAAUGGGAAGAAAAGCUAGUUCGUGUGCAGGAAAUUUUGGAUGCCUGGUUAAAGUGCCAAGCCACUUGGCUGUACCUGGAACCAAUCUUCAGUUCAGAGGACAUCAUAGCCCAGAUGCCAGAAGAGGGCAGGAAAUUUGCCAUCGUUGAUAAUUACUGGAAGUCACUUAUGUCCCAAGCUGUGAAAGAUACCAGGGUUUUGAUGGCAGCAGACCAGCCACGGAUGGCUGAGAGACUUCAGGAAGCCAACCUUCUGUUGGAGGACAUCCAGAAAGGGCUGAAUGAUUACUUGGAGAAGAAGAGACUGUUUUUUCCCAGGUUCUUCUUCCUAUCAAAUGAUGAGCUGCUGGAGAUAUUGUCAGAGACAAAGGACCCUCUCCGGGUGCAGCCGCACUUGAAGAAGUGCUUUGAAGGAAUUGCCAAGCUGGAGUUUACAGACAGUCUGGAGAUUGUGGGCAUGAUCAGCUCAGAAAAAGAAAUCGUUCCAUUCAAACAGAAAAUCUACCCAGCUCAAGCCAAAGGCAUGGUGGAAAAAUGGCUCCUGCAGGUGGAACAGAUGAUGCUUGCCAGUAUGCAGGAAGUUAUUAAACUUGGGAUUGAAGCAUAUGUCCAGGUCCCCCGUAAUCAGUGGGUCUUGCAGUGGCCUGGCCAGGUGGUUAUCUGUGUCUCCUCCAUCUUUUGGACCCAGGAGGUUUCCCAAGCCCUGAUUGAAAAGACCCUACCGGAUUUUCUGAAGAAGAGCAAUGAUCAGAUUGCACAGAUUGUUCAGCUGGUGCGAGGGAAGCUGAGCAGUGGAGCUCGACUCACCCUCGGGGCCCUCACAGUCAUUGAUGUCCACGCUCGUGAUGUGGUAGCCAAGUUAUCUGAGGACAAAGUCUGUGAUCUGAACGAUUUCCAGUGGAUCUCCCAACUGCGCUAUUACUGGGAUUCCAAGGAUGUACAGGUGCAGAUGAUUACUACAGAAGCCUUAUACGGCUAUGAGUACCUGGGAAACUCCCCCCGGCUGGUGAUUACACCCCUCACUGACCGCUGCUACAGGACAUUGAUGGGAGCUUUGAAGCUGAACCUUGGAGGAGCCCCAGAGGGUCCAGCUGGGACAGGCAAGACAGAAACCACCAAAGAUCUGGCCAAAGCUUUGGCCAAGCAGUGUGUGGUCUUCAACUGCUCUGAUGGCUUGGAUUACAAAGCCAUGGGGAAGUUCUUCAAAGGACUAGCCCAGGCUGGAGCAUGGGCCUGCUUUGAUGAGUUCAACAGGAUUGAGGUAGAAGUACUGUCUGUGGUAGCUCAACAGAUUCUCAGCAUUCAACAAGCCAUUAUCCGGAAGCUAAAGACAUUCAUCUUUGAAGGCACCGAGCUCUCUCUAAACCCAACCUGUGCGGUCUUCAUUACCAUGAACCCUGGGUAUGCUGGCAGGGCUGAGCUGCCAGAUAACCUCAAGGCCUUGUUUCGGACAGUGGCCAUGAUGGUGCCAGAUUAUGCCCUCAUUGGAGAAAUCUCACUCUACUCUAUGGGAUUUCUAGACUCCAGAAGUCUUGCUCAGAAGAUUGUUGCAACCUACCGCCUGUGUUCAGAGCAACUCUCCUCCCAGCAUCACUAUGACUAUGGCAUGCGUGCUGUCAAGUCUGUGCUCACUGCUGCUGGCAACCUGAAACUCAAGUAUCCAGAGGAGAAUGAGAGUGUCCUGCUGCUCCGCGCCUUGCUUGACGUCAACCUGGCCAAGUUCUUGGCUCAAGAUGUCCCUCUGUUUCAGGGAAUUAUAUCAGACUUGUUUCCUGGAGUUAUUCUUCCACAGCCAGACUAUGCAGUUUUUAUGGAAGUACUAAAUGCAAACAUCAAAAAGAUGAAACUUCAGCCAGUACCUUGGUUUAUUGGAAAAAUUAUCCAGAUCUACGAGAUGAUGCUGGUAAGACAUGGCUAUAUGAUUGUUGGAGAUCCCAUGGGUGGCAAGACCUGUGCUUACAAAGUGUUGGCUGCAGCUCUGGGUGAUUUAUAUGAAGCCAAACAGAUGGAAGAGUUUGCUGUGGAGUAUAAGAUCAUUAAUCCCAAGGCUAUCACCAUGGGGCAGCUGUAUGGGUGCUUUGACCAAGUGAGCCACGAAUGGACAGAUGGUGUCCUUGCCAAUGCUUUCCGAGAGCAAGCAUCUUCUUUGUCUGAUGACCGCAAGUGGAUUAUAUUUGAUGGGCCAGUGGAUGCUGUUUGGAUUGAAAAUAUGAACACUGUUCUGGAUGACAAUAAAAAGCUGUGUUUAAUGAGUGGAGAGAUUAUCCAGAUGAGCCCCAAGAUGAGUCUGAUCUUCGAGCCAGCUGACCUGGAACAGGCCUCCCCAGCCACUGUGAGCAGGUGUGGGAUGAUCUACAUGGAACCCCAUCAGCUAGGCUGGAAGCCCCUGAAGGAUUCAUACAUGGAUACCCUGCCUUCCAGUCUCACUGAGGAGCACAAGGAAUUGGUCAAUGACAUGUUCAUGUGGCUUGUCCAGCCCUGCCUUGAAUUUACUCGCCUUCAGUGUAAAUUUGUGGUCCAAACAUCUCCCAUCCACCUUGCCUUCUCAAUGAUGAGACUAUACUCCUCUCUUCUUGAUGAAAUCAGGGCAAUAGAAGAGGAGGAAAGUGAAUUAUUUGAAGGCCUGACAAGCCAACAGAUCUUCCUCUGGCUACAAGGUCUGUUCCUUUUUGCCUUGGUAUGGACGGUGGCCGGCACCAUCAACGCAGACAGCAGAAAGAAAUUUGAUCUGUUUUUCCGCAACCUGAUCAUGGGUAUGGAUAAUAACCACCCAAGACCCAAAAGCGUCAAACUCACCAAAAACAACAUCUUUCCAGAAAGAGGAAGCAUCUAUGAUUUUUAUUUCCUCAAGCAAGCUAGUGGACAUUGGUGCACAUGGACAGAGUAUAUCACCAAAGAGGAGGAAAAUAUCUCCGCAAAUGCAAAGGUCUCAGAACUCAUCAUCCCCACCAUGGAGACAGCCCGACAGUCCUUCUUCUUGAAAACCUACCUGGACCAUGAGAUUCCAAUGCUGUUUGUAGGACCCACGGGCACAGGCAAAUCAGUCAUCACCAACAACUUCCUUCUUCGCCUUCCCAAAAAUACUUAUCUGCCCAACUGCAUCAAUUUCUCUGCCAGAACUUCAGCCAAUCAGACGCAGGAUAUCAUAAUGUCCAAGCUGGAUCGCCGGCGGAAAGGCCUUUUUGGGCCUCCCAUAGGGAAGAAAGCAGUGGUAUUUGUGGAUGACCUCAACAUGCCAGCCAAAGAGAUAUAUGGAGCACAGCCCCCCAUUGAGCUCCUACGGCAAUGGAUUGACCAUGGUUACUGGUUUGACAAGAAGGAUACUAAUAGGCUGGACAUCGUUGAUGUGCUGCUUGUGACAGCCAUGGGCCCUCCUGGGGGAGGAAGGAAUGACAUUACUGGACGAUUCACUCGCCAUCUGAAUAUCAUUUCCAUCAAUGCCUUCGAGGAUGACGUAUUAACCAAGAUUUUCAGUUCAAUCGCUGACUGGCACUUUGGAAAAGGGUUUGAUGUGGUGUUUUUAAGGUAUGGAAAGAUGAUGGUACAAGCAACGAUGACAAUUUAUAAAGCUGCAGUGGAGAAUUUCUUGCCAACUCCCUCCAAGUCACACUAUGUCUUUAAUCUGCGGGAUUUCUCACGAGUGAUCCAAGGGGUAUUGCUCUGCCCUCACACGCAUCUGCAGGAUGUAGAGAAGUUUAUCCGGCUUUGGAUUCAUGAGGUUUACCGGGUCUUCUAUGACCGUCUGAUUGACCAUGAAGAUAGACAGGUCUUUUUUAACAUGGUAAGGGAAACAACCUCCAAUUGCUUCAAGCAGUCUGUGGAAAAGGUCCUCAUCCACCUAUCACCCACUGGAAAGAUAGUUGAUGACAAUAUCCGUAGCCUCUUCUUUGGAGAUUUCUUCAAGCCAGAAAGUGACCAAAAGAUAUAUGAUGAGAUCACUGACUUAAAACAGCUCACAGUGGUCAUGGAGUAUUACCUGGAAGAGUUCAACAAUAUCAGCAAGGCCCCCAUGUCCUUAGUGAUGUUCAGGUUUGCCAUUGAGCAUAUCUCUAGGAUCUGCAGGGUCCUGAAGCAGGACAAAGGCCACUUGCUCCUGGUGGGCAUUGGGGGCAGUGGGCGGCAAAGUGCCAGCAAACUGUCCACAUUCAUGAACUCAUAUGAGCUAUACCAGAUCGAGAUCACAAAGAGCUACUCAGGCAACGAUUGGCGAGAGGACCUGAAGAAGAUCAUGCUCCAGGUUGGUGUGGCCACCAAAAGUACUGUGUUCCUCUUCGCUGAUAAUCAGAUCAAGGAUGAGUCAUUCGUUGAGGACAUCAACAUGCUUCUGAACACCGGUGAUGUGCCCAACAUCUUCCCUGCUGAUGAGAAGGCUGACAUUGUAGAGAAGAUGCAAAUGGCAGCCAGGACAGAAGGCGAAAAGAUCGAAGUCACUCCUCUUUCUAUGUAUAACUUCUUCAUUGAGAAAGGAACUAAUGAAAUCUGCUUUUCAUUAGCCAUGAGUCCAAUUGGGGAUGCCUUCCGGAACCGCCUGCGAAUGUUCCCUUCUCUAAUCAAUUGCUGCACAAUUGACUGGUUCCAGUCUUGGCCCACAGAUGCCCUGGAGUUGGUGGCCAACAAAUUUCUAGAAGAUGUAGAGCUUGAUGACAAUAUUCGGAUAGAAGUCAUCUCCAUGUGCAAAUAUUUCCAGGAGAGUGUGAAAAAGCUGUCACUUGAUUAUUACAACAUCCUUCGAAGACACAACUAUGUUACCCCCACCUCCUACCUUGAAUUGAUCCUAACAUUCAAGACACUCCUGAAUAAGAAGAGGCAAGAGGUUGAUAUGAUGAGGAAUCGAUACCUGACAGGCCUGCAGAAACUUGAAUUUGCAGCUUCACAGGUAGCCGUCAUGCAAGUAGAACUGACUGCCCUCCAACCCCAACUCAUUCAGACCUCUGAGGAGACCGCUAAGAUGAUGGUGAAAAUCGAAGCAGAGACUCAAGAAGCUGAUGCCAAGAAACUGCUAGUGCAAGCAGAUGAAAAAGAAGCCAAUGCUGCUGCUGCCAUUGCUCAAGGAAUCAAGAAUGAAUGCGAAGGGGACCUGGCAGAGGCGAUGCCGGCGCUCGAGGCUGCGCUCGCUGCACUGGACACACUGAACCCGGCAGAUAUCUCGCUGGUGAAGGCCAUGCAGAACCCACCCGGUCCUGUCAAGCUGGUCAUGGAGAGCAUCUGUGUGAUGAAAGGGCUGAGACCAGAAAGGAAGCCGGACCCCAGUGGCAGCGGUAAAAUGAUAGAAGAUUACUGGGGGGUAUCAAGAAAGAUUCUCGGAGAUCUGAAAUUCUUGGAAAGUCUCAAGACAUAUGACAAAGACAACAUUCCUCCAGUGAUCAUGAAGAGGAUCCGGGAAAGGUUUAUCGAUCACCCAGAUUUCCAGCCUGCUGUAAUUAAAAAUGUAUCAUCUGCAUGUGAGGGUCUGUGCAAGUGGGUGAGGGCCAUGGAGGUGUAUGAUCGUGUGGCCAAAGUGGUGGCUCCCAAACGGGAGCGGCUGAAGGAAGCUGAGGGGAAGCUGGACACACAGAUGCAGAAACUGAACCAGAAACGAGCGGAGCUGAAGCUAGUGGAAGACCGUCUCCAGGCCCUGAACGAUGACUUUGAAGAGAUGAAUACCAAGAAAAAGACAUUGGAGGGAAACAUUGAAAUCUGUUCCCAAAAGCUGAUCAGGGCAGAAAAACUGAUUAGUGGUCUUGGAGGAGAGAAAGACAGAUGGACAGAAGCCGCUCGGCAGCUGGGCAUCCGUUAUACUAAUCUGACGGGGGAUGUGUUGUUGUCCUCUGGGACUGUGGCUUACCUGGGGGCCUUUACUGUGGAUUAUCGGGCUGAGUGCCAGAAGCAGUGGUUGGCCCAAUGUAAGGACAAGGUCAUCCCUGGCUCCAGUGACUUCAGUCUUAGCAACACAUUAGGAGAUCCUGUAAAAAUUCGUGCCUGGCAGAUUGCUGGGCUUCCCAUUGACUCCUUCUCCAUUGACAAUGGCAUCAUUGUAUCCAAUUCCAGACGCUGGGCCUUAAUGAUUGACCCUCAGGGGCAGGCCAAUAAAUGGAUCAAGAAUAUGGAGAAAGCAAAUAAGCUGUCAGUCAUCAAGUUCUCAGAUACCAACUACGUGAGGACGCUAGAACACGCCCUGCAGUUUGGUGCCCCAGUCUUACUAGAAAAUGUUGGGGAAGAGUUGGAUGCCUUUAUUGAACCCAUCUUGCUCAAGUCCACAUUCAAACAGCAAGGGGUUGAGUACAUGAGGCUUGGUGAAAACAUCAUCGAAUACUCCAGAGAUUUUAAGUUAUACAUCACAACCCGUUUGAGGAACCCACAUUACCUCCCUGAGGUGGCCGUGAAAGUCUGUCUCCUCAACUUUAUGAUCACUCCCUUGGGCCUCCAAGAUCAACUCCUUGGCAUCGUGGCUGCCAAGGAGAAGCCAGAACUUGAAGAGAAAAAGAACAAGUUGAUUGUGGAAAGUGCCAAGAACAAGAAACAACUAAAGGAAAUUGAAGAUAAGAUAUUGGAGGUCCUUUCCCUUUCUGAGGGCAACAUACUUGAGGAUGAGACCGCCAUCAAAAUUUUGUCUUCUUCCAAAGUGCUGUCUGAAGAAAUCUCUGAGAAACAGGAAAUUGCUUCAGUGACAGAAACACAGAUCGAUGAGACCCGUAUGGGCUACAAGCCAGUGGCUGUUCAUUCUGCCACCAUCUUCUUUUGUAUCUCUGACCUGGCCCACAUUGAACCCAUGUACCAGUACUCCCUGACAUGGUUCAUAAACCUCUACAUGCAGUCUCUGGCCCAUAGCAAGAAGAGCGAGGAACUAGAGCUACGGAUUGAGUACAUCAUUGAUCAUUUCACCCUCAGCAUCUACAACAAUGUCUGCCGCUCUCUGUUUGAGAAGGACAAGCUGCUUUUCUCCCUCCUCUUGACAAUAGGAAUCAUGAAAGAGAAAAAGCAAAUUAAUGAGGAAAUUUGGUACUUUCUUCUAACUGGAGGCAUUGCCCUGGACAACCCUUUCCCCAACCCAGUUUCUGAGUGGCUGUCUGAGAAGGCAUGGGCAGAAGUGGUCCGUGCAUCUGCAUUGCCAAAACUGAAAGGCCUUAUGGAACAUUUGGAACAAAAUGGUAAUGAAUGGAAGUUCAUCUAUGACUCAGCCUGGCCCCAUGAGGAAACAUUCCCUGGAUCUUGGAAGUUUCUUCAAGAUUUGGAGAGGAUGGUGAUCCUCCGAUGUUUGCGGCCCGACAAAAUGAUUCCAGCCGUUCGGGGGUUCAUUGCUGAACACAUGGGAAAUGUAUACAUUGAAGCCCCUACGUUUGAUCUCCAGGGGUCCUACAAUGAUUCCAAUUGCUGUGCACCGUUGAUAUUCGUGUUGUCUCCAGGUGCAGACCCAAUGGCAGGCCUGCUGAAAUUUGCUGAUGAUCUUGGCAUGGGAGGUACCAAAACACAGACCAUCUCCCUUGGCCAAGGCCAAGGCCCUAUUGCUGCCAAAAUGAUCAACAAUGCCAUCAAAGAUGGGACCUGGGUGGUCUUACAGAACUGCCAUCUGGCCACAAGCUGGAUGCCUGCUCUGGAGAAGAUCUGUGAGGAGGUGAUUGUUCCUGAGAGCACCCACGUGGGAUUCAGACUCUGGUUAACCAGCUAUCCCUCAGAGAAGUUUCCAGUCAGCAUCCUUCAAAAUGGGAUUAAAAUGACCAAUGAGCCCCCUAAAGGGCUCCGGGCCAAUCUUUUGCGCUCUUACCUCAAUGACCCCAUCUCAGACCCCGUGUUCUUCCAAAGCUGUACCAAAGCAGUAAUGUGGCAAAAGUUAUUGUUUGGCCUUUGCUUCUUCCAUGCCAUCGUUCAAGAGAGGAGAAACUUUGGACCCCUAGGUUGGAAUAUUCCUUAUGAAUUCAAUGAAUCUGACCUGAGGAUUAGUAUGCGACAGAUCCAGAUGUUUCUGAAUGAUUACAAGGAGGUGCCAUUUGAUGCUCUGACCUACCUGACAGGGGAAUGUAAUUAUGGAGGCAGAGUAACGGAUGACAAAGAUAGGAGGCUCCUGCUAUCCCUUCUGUCCACGUUCUACUGUAAGGAAAUCGAGCAGGACCAUUACUUUCUUGCUCCUGGAGACACUUACUACAUCCCUCCUCAUGGCUCCUACCAGUCGUAUAUCGACUAUCUCAGGAACCUCCCUAUCACAGCCCACCCAGAAGUGUUUGGCCUCCAUGAGAACGCUGACAUCACCAAAGACAACCAGGAAACCAACCAGCUAUUUCAAGGGGUGCUCCUGACCCUCCCUAGGCAGUCAGGAGGGAGUGGCAAGUCCCCUCAGGAAGUGGUUGAGGAGCUGGCCCAGGACAUACUCUCCAAGCUUCCCAGUGAAUUUGACUUGGAGUUGGUCAUGAAGUUGUACCCUGUGGUCUAUGAAGAAUCCAUGAACACUGUCCUAAGGCAAGAGCUCAUCAGAUUCAACAGAUUGACAGAAGUGGUUCACAGAAGCCUCAUCGAUCUUGGCCGAGCAAUUAAAGGGCAGGUUCUGAUGUCCUCAGAGCUGGAGGAUGUCUUCAGUAGCAUGCUUGUGGGUAAAGUGCCAGCCAUGUGGAUGGCAAAGUCCUAUCCAUCACUGAAGCCCCUGGGAGGCUAUGUGGCUGACCUGCUAGCCCGCCUGGCCUUCUUCCAGGAAUGGAUUGACAAUGGACCUCCUGUGGUCUUUUGGAUCUCUGGAUUCUACUUUACACAGUCUUUUUUGACAGGAGUCUCUCAGAAUUAUGCUCGGAAAUACACCAUCCCCAUUGAUCACAUUGGAUUUGAGUUUGAGGUAACCACACAAGAAACAGUCAUGGAGAGUAACCCAGAAGAUGGGGCCUACAUAAAAGGACUCUUCUUAGAAGGUGCCCGUUGGGACAGGAAAAAGAUGCAGAUCGGGGAGUCUUUCCCCAAAAUCCUCUAUGAUCCAUUACCCAUCAUUUGGCUGAAACCUGGGGAAAGUGCAAUGUUUCUGCAUCAGAACAUUUAUGUGUGUCCAGUCUACAAAACAAGUGCCAGGAGAGGUACCCUCUCCACAACAGGGCACUCCACCAACUAUGUCCUAUCCAUUGAACUCCCAACUGACAGGCCUCAGAAGCACUGGAUAAACCGAGGAGUUGCCUCUCUGUGCCAGCUAGAUAAUUGAUGGCAUGUGUCUCAACAGAGAAAAUAAAAAAUAAAAAGAGUAUCAUUCUUGACUGACGUAUAGCUUUCCUUUCUUGAGAGUCACAUGGUAUGAUGCUGAUCACCAGGGAAGCCCCAAUGAUGAUGACAGUUACAUUAAUGGAGCACUUGCCAUGAUCUAGGUAUUUUAGCACACUCCUAUAAAGUAAGUUAUUAUCCUUACUUUAUGGGUGCAGAAACCAAGAUAUAGAGAAAGUAAUAUUCUCCAAGUCAGGUAGUUACUAAAACAGUGGAGCCUAGUUUUGAAUAUAGGCAAUAGGAUUCUUCAGCCUAGACCUUGAAUCACUAAGGUCCCUGGCUAAGCUCUUUGAUUUUUUUUUUUUUCCUAUUAUUUUGCCAUAACUGUCACUGAAUUUUAAUUGCUUCUCUACUAGUAUGUUAGAUAGUAUCACCAACUCAAUGGACAUGAAUUUGAUCAAACUCUGGAGAUAGUGAAGGACAGGGAAGCCUGGUGUGCUGCAGUCCAUGGUGUUGCAAAGAGUCAGACAUGACUUAGUGACUGAAUUAUACUCACUGUUGUCUCCAUUUCAGUGAUGCAAAAAUGGAGGCUUAGAAAAGUAACUAGUUCAAUUUUACAGCUAGCCAGUGGUACCCAAAUUCUUCUUCACUAGCUUACACAGAUGGGCAGAAAUUUCAAAGAAAGGAGACAUGGGAGAACCAUUAUUUGUUGCUUGCCAUGGUUUAUCCUUGGGCUUUUAGAUAUCCUGCCUGUUCCUAUGAUUGUCUUCCCCUGUAGAAACUCAGGAAGACUAAGUAUCUUGUCUAUGAUCACCCAGUUCUGUCACACUGAGGAGGCAGGUUUUGAGCCAAGGUCUGUCUGGCUCUAGAACCCAUUCAUUUUUCACUGCUUCGUGCUGCCUCCUUCUUGAGGACUUGGGUAUAUUGUGAUGUGGAAUUUUAGAGGAGAUGUGUAGUUCCAACAACCAUGUCCAAGAAAUUUUUAGUUUAUCACUAUUUCUCCCCAGGGCCAGCUGGAAGAGAAUCCCAAAGGAGAUAAAAACAAAAUUCUUGAUGUAUUCUCAGCUAACUCUCAUGUAGCUCUUUGGCUCUAAUGGCUACCAAAGGCAUUCCAUUGGUCAGUUCACAGAUGAGCAAAGACAUAAGACUUCGUGAAUCUUAAUAUGUCUGGCCUGGCUUCCCAGCUUCUUCACCAGAAGAAACGUUCUGACUUGGGCUGUUUUUCUUGAACGAAGCUUCUGAGAACCACAAAAACAUAUUUCAGGAAACUUGUUUCCUCAUGGCAACAUGGAGUCAAAUUCUGAUUGAGGAUUCUGAAUUCUGAGGUCAGCAAAUGAUCUAAUUGAUCCUAAGUGCAAAAGCAGGGCGGGGCUGGGGGGGGGGUGGUUCUCCAAAUCUUGCCAGUGGGCAAUAAAGAGUGAGGAGGAGACACUUUUUCUCAGCUCUAAGUAUGUGGCUCAAAACCUAUUUUUUUUUAAAGAAACAUAACUUUUUCCAAUUGAGGGAAAAAAGAUCAGAAUUAACAGAUAGGUAGAACUGCCAUAUUGUCUAUUAUUCCAAAUAGAUUGUUAAGUCAUAUGAGAUGGAAGGGUGGUCAGGAACCCAAAUCCCUGAAAUGUUGAACUGGUUGAGGUAAGUCAGACUGCAAAUGAUAAGGCAGUAAAGAGGUUGCUAAAAGGACAACUGAAAUUCAAUUACAGUUAUCUAACUCUAGCGUCAGCAGCAAAAAGCUGAUGGAGGCAGGGACUGUUUCAUUCCUCAGCGGUCAAGGGACAGAACGUUUGUAUGUAAUGGAUUAAAUUUUUGUAAUUAAAAAAAAUUUACCUCUGGGAAAGUGCAGUAGGUUCUUCAGAAGUCCUGGUGAAUUAGAGGCUGGAACUCUGGAGCAGGAACAGCCAGAGAUCAGCUCUGUGAGAAGCUGUGGGCCCUGUCUAAAAAUAGCUCAGCAGAUGACAUCAGACAAACCUUGUCACCAAGCUAGUUCUCUCUCUCUAAAAAUCUGGCUCUUGAGUAAAUAGUUUUCAGUCCUUGUCAGCCUUGGAAGAAAAUGUCAUUAAAAGAGGGGGUGUAGGGGAUGCUUCCAAAAGACCAACGAUUUAAUAGGGGGUUAAAGAGAAAAAGUUAUUAUAAACAAGUAGGUUUCAUGGAAAGUUUGGGAGGAAAUUAUGAUUUUGUGUAAUAGAGUAUGCAUCUUUGCAAAGGCAGGUAGGCAUAUAUAAUUCACAUUUAGCUUAAGAUUCCUGGCACACAGAAGGUACUUAGAAGUUAACUAGCAAUUAGAUGGACUUUCAUUUUGGAGGAGUCCUUCCAUUUUGGAGGAAGGAUGAUUUCUACUUCUCAUAGAGUAAGAUAAAAAUUGCAUAUUCAAAAUCACCUUGAGUUACUUAGAAAGGGAUCAUGAUGGGGACAGCAAGUCAUGUUUCACUCAGUUCAGCACAGCUAGUUUUUCCUCCAUUCCAAGAACAGGUCAUUGUUUCAUUGACUGACCACCAGAUAAAGUAGCUGGCUUGAGUUCACAGGCCUUAUAUUGUUUUAGAAACACUUAACUUUAAACAUUAGAACCACCUCUUGGCAGGGAAAUACUUCCACAGUGAGAUCAGACAGAAAGAGACUGACUGAUGGAACAGCAUAUUGAUGUCUCCAAAUUCAAGUUAGGCUGGGGUAUGUGUUCACUGAAUGGCUGUGGAGUGGCCAACAUGCCAACCAACAUAUUUAAAUUUAUCUCUUCAUCAAAGGCCUAUAGCUAUAUUUUUAUUAAAUAUGUACAUGCUAUAUCUCUUUUGACACAGUAUUAUAUUUGCUUUCAAUGUUAUUGACAAACCCUGCAAUAUGUACUUAACCUGUGUGAGAGAGCACGCUCCUGCUCACAGGAACAUUUUUGAAACUGAAAUAUACAUACUUUAAAUUAAAGAAUCUGUG